CUCCAACAGUGGAUUCGCAUUCUCUCGCAUUUCCCAAAACGUAUCCUCCUCCUCCCUCCGGCAAGGUCCUUCCGCAACAAGCUCCUUCUCCAAUGCGGUCGCUCCCAAGAAAACUUCCUCUGCUUGCUCGCACGAGAAGGAAGACGAAGCCCACCGACGCUUCAGCUUCUCCGUUCUAUAUAAACCCACGAUCGUAUCCAAUCCGAUUCGUCUCGCGAACGGUGCAAAAAACGAUCCACAAGCGACUGAACCUUCUCUGCUUUUGAGUUUCGGGUUGCUGUAGCUAUCAUGGCAUACCUUCCUCCGCAUAAGCGACACUCGAAGGGGAGCGGUGGCCCGUCCCCUGUUCCGGCAUCGCUUCCGCGACAGUUCAAGAGAGGUCUGAACUUUAGGUCGCCUAAAACUAAUGCCAAUCAGAGCGGGAAGAUCGUCUAUGCGAACACGGCGAUUUCUAGAUGGUUUGCUGUUGGUUUGGGUGAUGAUGGGGACCAUCUUCCUUCCGGGGUCUUCCUCAAGCCGGUCUCGGUUGAGGCCGUUGAAAGGAGAUCAGGAGAGAAACCGCUAGCCUUAGCCAAAAGUUGUAUGGCUAAUGAAGAUGCUGAAACGGGUCGGGACCAUAGCAAGAAACCUUGGGUUCAUAUAGCCGAAACUGUGAUGCCUGAUUUAGUUUCUUCAUUCGAAGUGGUGAGAAGUGAGAUUCAGGGUCAGAGCAUGGAAGAAAUAAAACCCACACUGGUUGCUAGAUUCGGAAAAAUUCAUUUCCAUGGGAGUCCUUCAUUUCCAUUUCCAGUGGAAACUUGUGGAGAUAUGGUCACAGAGACCUCAUUGAAACAGUUGAAAAGAUCAUUUUACACAAAUGUUCCUGCCUCUUUUGUGAAAAAUGUGACUCUUAGAAUUAUCCCAGAGAUUGACCUUAGUUUUGAAGAUGAAAAGGAUAUAUAUCAUGUCAAGUUAUCCGAUAAGUCCAGGCCGGAUUCGACCAUCUCCUGCAAAUGUAGUGUUUCUAAGGCAGAGCAGAGACUUGAACUCUAUAAGGUCGAACUAAACCAGGUGCGGCACAUGGUAGUUGAUGUAUCAUGCCUGGAUAAGGAUCUGGACAUGAGGUUGAUGUUAUACACUAAGAGAAUCUUGACAGCUAUUAGUGAAAAGGAAAAGAACAGCAUUAGGGAUUUGAUUGCUUCUGCAGUCAUAGAUUCUAGUGUUAAGGGGGGUUUAAGAUGGCCUCUGGGAAAGGAAUCUUCUGGAGAUAGAUACAGUGUCGUUGGAGUUUGGCAUACAAUCUCUAAAACUUAUAAGAAUUCAUCCAUGAGGCUGAAGGUGAGACAUGCUGAUCGGUUUGAUUUUAGGAUUUCCCAUGGGGAAGUUACUGAAGAAACUGUCCUGAAGUUGAAAGGCAUAACUUCUGAAUUGCAUGGACAGAGUCUGCAAACUGAUCUAAUUUCUGAUGUGCUUAAAGAUGCAGUGAAGAUGAUGUGGGAGCAUUUCUUAUCUUGCUGAAAUACGGUCAUUUGAAUUGGCCUCUUUUUCUCAGUGUGUAUUUGGGUGUGUGAGAGAGAAUGUAAAUGAAACUUAUGGUUAUUGGGUGAGUUUGUUUUUGUGAGAGUAUGAAUUCCUCACUGAGAACGUAAAUUUAUAUAAGGGCUCCAAAACAUGGGCCUCAUUCUCUCUGGCUUUAUGUAUCCUCUAGCAAUUUGCAUAUUAUGAAUUGACAAUUAUGUGAA